AUGCCGAUUCUGUAUAACCGAGUAUCUGAAUCAUCUGAGUAUUUACAUCACUACUCGGUGCUAAUUAUGAUAGAAAGGUUAUUGGAGAUUAAGGAUCCACUGACAAUAAUAGCACUCACGAACCUGCCCUCUGCCCCCGAACCAAUAGAGGCAUCAGAAUGGGUCAUAAUAUCUGACAUUGUACCAAUUCUGAAGCGCCUCGAAUUGUUAACAGUCGAACUUUCGGGUGAACAAUAUUUAACAAUGUCCUCGGUGAUUCCACUGAUUCGAGGAUUACAAUUUCAUUUGCGAAAUGUUCAACCUGCGACAGAUAUUGGUUUGUGGCUGCAGAGUAUCCUAUUAGAUGUGAUUUAG